AUGCGCUGCCCGCUCGCCUGGUCGCCUGCCAAAGCCCCCACCCCCUCGCCGGCGAUGCUGCCGCGUCGCCGUAGCAACCACCCGGGCUCCUCCUUCCCCCUCCCGUUCCUCCUCGUCUGCGGCCUGCUCCUCGCUGCGGCCGUCGCAUUCUCCCCCGCCGCGGCCGCCGAGGCCGCUGGCCGCGGCGGCGGUGGCGGCGCUGGGCACGAGGGCCGCGCGGGGAAGCCGGAGGUCGAGGCGGAGGCGCGCGGGGAUGGGGUGGCCGUGGCGGAGGCCGGCGGCGAGGUGGUGGCUCAGGGCAAUGCCACGGAGGCCAAGGAGGGCAGCCUCGCCGACAUGAUUGACCGCGCGCUGGAGAAGGAGUUCCCGGAGUCCGAGGGCGAGCAGGGCGGUGGAGAGACCGAUCCUGGUAGUUUCAACAACACGGUAGCUGAGAAGCAGGGAGUUCUUGAAACUGUGGCUAGAAGAGUAACAAAGAAGAAUGAAACCAAAGAUAACAAGUCAUUUCCUUUUAAUGAGGUUUUCUUGGAUCGAUCUGAGCAAGAGGAUGUUCCCACAUUGAUUGAUCGGAAGGAUAAUGUUUUUAUCAUAUCAAACCCGAAGUCAAAAUACCCUGUGCUGCAGCUGGACCUUAGAUUGAUAUCAGAUCUUGUAGUUGUUAUCGUGUCUGCUACAUGUGGUGGAAUCGCCUUUGCUUGCCUUGGGCAACCGGUGAUUACAGGUUAUCUACUUGCAGGAUCUAUAAUUGGGCCUGGAGGUUUUAGCUUUGUCAAUGAAAUGGUGCAAGUUGAAACGGUAGCCCAGUUUGGUGUGAUAUUUCUCCUGUUUGCAUUGGGACUUGAGUUUUCUACUGCAAAACUUCGAGUUGUUCGUGCUGUUGCUGUUCUCGGAGGAUUGCUCCAAAUUAUGCUGUUCAUGUUUCUUUGUGGUAUUUUGGCUACACUAUGUGGAGGCAAAACAAAAGAAGGUGUUUUCGUUGGUGUUCUUCUCUCCAUGUCUUCAACAGCUGUGGUUUUAAAGUUUCUGAUGGAAAGAAAUAGUAUCAAUGCUCUUCAUGGCCAAGUUACAGUCGGGACGCUUAUAUUGCAGGAUUGUGCUGUUGGCUUGCUGUUUGCACUUCUUCCAAUUUUGAGUGGUACAUCUGGCCUUCUUCACGGAGUUGCAUCAAUGACCAAGUCGCUGGUGGUAUUGAUAUCAUUCCUGACCAUUCUCUCUAUCCUCUCCCGCACCGGCGUUCCUUGGUUUCUUAAACUGAUGAUAAGUCUGUCAUCACAGACAAAUGAACUAUACCAGCUGGCAUCAGUUGCAUUCUGCUUGUUAUUUGCUUGGUGUAGUGAUAAGUUGGGCUUGAGUCUCGAGUUGGGUUCAUUUGCAGCUGGAGUAAUGAUAUCAACAACAGACCUUGCACAACAUACUCUUGAACAAAUCGAACCUAUCCGCAACUUUUUCGCUGCUCUUUUCCUUGCCAGCAUUGGGAUGCUAAUUAAUGUCCAUUUCUUGUGGAACCAUGUGGAUAUACUCCUUGCAGCGGUAAUUUUGGUGAUCACCGUAAAGACCUUUAUUGUUGCUAUUGUCGUAAAAGGAUUUGGGUAUAGCAACAAAACAUCUCUUCUUGUCGGCAUGUCUCUUGCACAAAUAGGAGAGUUUGCUUUUGUUCUCCUAAGCCGUGCUUCAAGUAUCCAUCUCAUCGAGGGCAAGCUAUACCUGCUGCUUCUUGGAACCACUGCACUUAGUUUGGUGACAACCCCUUUGCUAUUCAAAAUGAUCCCAGCAGUGGUCCACCUCGGGGUUCUUUUGAGAUGGUUUUCUGUCGAUACCAAUCAGGUGGAGUUUGUAGCAGAUAUACAAGGGUGGAGGCAAGAGAAUUCAACUCAGAUCUUGCUCAUAGGGCGAGAUCAAUCCUCCCCCAUCAUGGCGACUGCAAGGGCAAUUGGGUAUGCCGUUUUUGAGAGCAGUGUCUUGGAUGAUUGGUGCAGAAACAAGGCGCUGGACUCCUCGGCUCUGCAUGCGCCGUCGCUCCGCGUGCGUAUUACUGCUGGAUAUGACUCUCGCACCGCACAACUCUAUCUACACCCCAAUCCUUCCGUUCGCUACAGGGAAUCUGCAAACCCAGCAUCCGUCCUCUCCACCGCUAUCCUAUCCACCGCAGCAACCGCUCCUCUCGCGGCAGCCCUGCGAAGUGUCCACGUCCUCCCCGAUGGCAUCCUGGGGAAGCCGGCGGUCUCCCUCAAAUCCGAGGGAAUUAGGGACGGAGGGAAGGAGGCAGUGCCCGCCGGAGAGUGCAGGGGCGGGUCAGCGAAGGGGGCCAGGAAGCGUCACUCACCCUGUCGUCGGCGGCGAAGAGAGUUGAGGCGGGCGCGGACGGACUCGGAGGAGAGCUCUAUAGCGCGGUCGCCCAUUCGCCAUCGAUGGAGAAGAAUGAAUCAUAAUAAUUGUGAUGAAGCUAGUGACGACAUUACCGGUUUCGGCCGGAGUCUUCCAAUUCUAGGCUUCUAUGGAGGGUGGAACCCACGGUUGCAACCAUUUGCUCAGCAGUACCCAUUUUUCCAGGGAGGGUGGACCGCAGCUCUGAACCAAGGGUUCAUGCCACUCCCAACUCCAGCAUCAUCUCAUGCACCCCAUGCUCAAAAUCAGCCUGUCGCUGCAACGGUCGAGAGUGUUGAACAAGCAGUAAUGAAAAAGAGUCAGGGUGAUGGGGAAGGAGCAUCGGUGGUAGCUGGUCGACGACGCAAGGUCGUACCUAGUCGCAGCAAGUUAUCCAACUUCUCCCCAAAAGAAGAUGUGUUCCUUGUGAAGUCAUGGUUGGAAAUUAGCUGUGACCCAAUUAUAAACACAGGGCAGAAGAAGGAGGGGUUCUGGGCUAGAAUUACAAGCCAGUACAAUAAAAAGAGGGGUUCCUUUCCUGAGAGAAGUUUCAGAUCGCUGCAGAGUCGUUGGGAAACUAUCAAGGCUGAAGCGAGUAAAUUUGCAGGGCACAUGGCAAAUGUUUUUCAAGACAAUCCGAGCGGGAUGAGUGAUGCAGAUAAGGACGAGCCUAAGUGGAUGGAGCUCAACAUCAGAGGGGCACAACCUGGAGACGACGAUGCAAUAGCUGAUCACAUUCCCAACAUCGAUCAUGACCCGAAGACACCGUCUUCUCAGUACUCAGGGAGCAAGAGGCCUAUGGGGAGGGAUGCAGCUAAAAGAGAAGCUAAGAAAUCAGCCUCUUCCUCCCCGUCAGAUUCAUCUCAGUAUGUUUCAAAGUUACAGGACCUGUCGAUAAAAAAGAUUUCAAUAUGGCAAGAAGAAAAUGCGAAGAAAGGCUCUCGCUAUGAGAAAAUGGCACGGUCUGAGUAA